UUGGAUAUCAAUUCGACCCCUGUUCUCAACAGUGAGAUGACAAAAUUUUGUUCUUUUCUUCACAACAUAAUUUUACUGGACCAAGAGUGUAACAGAUAAGCCUUACAGCUUUGGCUUUCAUUAUUUCAUAGGGACGAUGGUGAAAACAGGGCACCAGGGGCGAUUGGAUCAAGGCUCGUGAAAUUCACACGUGACAGUUAGCAUGUAGAAGGCCCACAGGGGGAGAAGUUCCGAUUGUUACGUGACCCAAUAUGCCCUCCGGAGUCCGGCGCCCUGUUUUCACCGGCGUCCUUUCAUCUUUCAUAGGACAGCACUGUCACGAUGCUGGGUCUCCGAUGCCGUUCGGGUCGUCAUCUGAGGCGUCAGCUGACUGUCCUACGCCGUCAGCUGGCCUCGGGAGCAAAUCACGAUAAUGAGAGCCCUUCACAGCGAGAGCGAAGGAUUAUGGAUGAGGAGGAGAAGCGGCACAGCCUCGAGUUCUAUAGCGUCUUCGAGCUGCUGAAGCCCAAGCAGGCCUCGACGGUGGAGCUGCUGCAGCGGUUCAACACUAUGAAAUUCAGCAAGGAGGCCGUCGUGGAGUUUCUGGAAGACAAGGUUAAAGAGAACAGGGUACUCCAACAGAGGUUCAUUGAGGAACGCCAUCAGAUCCUGGGCUUUGACCUGGCGGCUGCCCACUUCAUCAUCGCCCGAGGCGGCAGGGUCAGACUACAGGGAGACCCGCGCUGGGUGACCCGCUCCCCCGAGGGCAGCGUGCCCCUGCCGGGCAGGUACACACACGGCAUGUAUGUGGAAGAGCUGGACGCCAGUGGUACUGAGAUCGUCUACGAGGGACUCGAGAACUUCAUUCGCCUAUCGAAGCUGCGCGCGCUGUACCUGCGCGAUUGCCCCUUUGUGGACGACUGGUGCGUGGACCGCGUCUGUGGCGAGUACCGACACACGCUGCAGCAUCUGGACCUCAGCGGGUGUCGGCGCGUCACAGAGACCGGCCUCGAGGGCGUGGCGCAGCUCAAGGAGCUGAAGACAUUGACGCUGGAGCGCAUGGACCACAUCCGUAUCCUGCCUUACAUCUGUCUCCUGCUGGAGGACGCCAUACCCGGCCUGGAGAUCCGAGGCGUGGACGUGCUGCAGCCUCCGCCGGACGACCUGCUGGCCGCCGCCGAGAGCCAAUCGCAGCUCAAAGCGCCCGGAGGCGACCAAUCAGAAACGGAGACACAGGCUCCGGCCGCUACUCAGAGCCAGUCAAGUGAUGCCACACAGUCCGGGUCGGCGUCUGACGGCCAAUCAAAACCGGGGUCCACAGCGACGUAGUUUAACAGCCCGAGGGUCUGACAUUUUGAUGGUAUGUGAUGUUGUAUUCACGAGUCAAGAAAAAUGACGUACUGUAAUGACUGAACCAAAACGGUGACCCACUCGAAGGUCGCCUUGUGAACAAUAUGUCGCUACCCACGGGUAAUUUGCAGUCUCUAUUGGCUCACCAGGACGGAGGAUAUGACGUUUUCCGUCAUUAUGUGGCUCUCGAUCGCCUUUAAGUUGUUCUGUUGUGUCUGAGUGGGGCCGAUCACGAAUGACCCAAGUGAUCACCAAUGAUCGGUCGAGACUCGGCGAGUGUCAUAGUGUGGCUGCUAGGUUUUGUACUGGCGACGAUUCGAUGCACUUUUGUGAGUCGUAUCGGAUUGUUGUUUCUAGUUGUCUCGUCAAAUUUACAAGCCCGUAGACCUUGUUCGUGCACAGAUGUAUGCAUUACGCGUAGUUGCAAGUCUGUUGGAAAUUGUUCUUGCACGGCGACUCUCCGGUGACUUUAUCAGCGAACUAUGUCGAUUAGGGAAUGAGGCUUGUUUUGAGUCCAGGAGACAGGAGAGCGCUUGUUGGCCUCAUUAGCUUGCUCUGCCUGUCGGUUUUAACUUUGAAAUACCAAUAUGUUUUGUUAUUUU